AUGGCCGCCCCCAACUCCCAAACAAACGCAAUCAACAUCGGACCCGAUGCCGGCCCGUCGAACCACACGAACCUGGACGCGGACCGCGCUUUCCAGAUGACCAGCGGCUCCGUUGGCUCGGCAGGCGGCGACGCCUACUCGCCACCCACUAUUACUUACACCGCUGCCGCCGACGACGCCCCAGCCGGGACCGUAUCCAAUAUGGACGGGAUGGGCCUGGCUGGCAGCAGUUCCAACAAUGCCGGCGGCGGCCAGUGGGACCGCCGCCACAGCGACGAGUGGGACGCUUCCAAAGUGCCUCCGAGCCGUUUCCAGAAGCGCAAGGGCUCGAUUUACUCGACACAGGGUUCCCGCGACGGCCAUGUUGACAGCAACUAUGCUGCCAAGUUCCACGCCAAGCAUGCUGAGCUGGGCUAUAACAAGCUCAAGUGA